AUGUUGCCAGAAAUAAACAACAAGACGUCACGACCGGAGGCUUUCCCUCACCCCCACAGACUCCCAGCAGAGGGAAACCGGCUCGGAACAAACCGUUCCUGCUCACAGAAGUUUGGCCCGGGUGUAGGGACGCUGCCCCAGCUCGAGCCACCAGUGGUCCAGGUGGUGGUCAGCAAUGCCAAAAACCAGCACCAGCAGUCGGACAACAUCCUGCCCCAAAUCGCCAACAAGGGGGGUCAGAACAACUUCCAGACGCACAAGGACGAGAGGCCGAAGCCCGCCCAGCAGUUCAGCAUGCGGUUCGGUGGAGUGACGGAUAAAGUGUCCGUCCCUCGCAACAGCAAGAUGUCCAGCAACAAGCAGGAGAAGGAGAAGGCAUAUGAGGGACAGAGACUACCCAUGUCACCCAUAGAGGCGCUGAAGAACUUCCAGGAGCGGCUGACGGCGUUUGAGCAGGAGGAAAUCGCAGACUACAGCGAGCUCUGGUUCCUGGGUCUGGCCUCUCAGAAGAUCGUGGGCUCCCAAGGAGCGCCGCAAAACUCCGGAUAUGAUGACGAGCACGGAAGCUACAUCAGGGUGCUGCACGACCACAUCGCCUACAGGUUUGAGGUUCUUGAGGUGAUCGGGAAAGGCUCCUUCGGGCAGGUCCUGAAAUGUCUUGACCACAAAACCAAUGAACUCGUAGCCAUCAAGAUGAUUCGCAACAAGAAAAGGUUUCACCACCAGGCUCUGGUGGAGCUGAAGAUCCUGGAUGUGAUCAAGCGGAAAGACAAGGACAACCUCCACAACGUCAUCCACAUGAAGGAGUACUUCUACUUCCGAAACCACCUCUGCAUCUCCUUUGAGCUCCUCGGGGUGAACUUGUAUGAGCUCAUCAAAAAAAACAACUUCCAGGGUUUCAGUCUUGCCCUCAUCCGGCGCUUUGCCCACGCGCUGCUCAGGUGCCUGCAGAUGCUGCACAGGGAGAAGAUUAUCCACUGUGACCUCAAACCGGAGAACAUUCUUCUUUCUCAGAGAGGACCAGGGAACAUCAAGGUCGUGGACUUUGGCUCGAGCUGUUAUGAGCAACAGAGAGUCUACACCUACAUCCAGAGCCGCUUCUACCGCUCCCCAGAGGUGAUCCUGGGUCAGCCGUACAGCAUGGCCAUCGACAUGUGGAGUCUGGGCUGCAUCCUCGCGGAGCUCUACACAGGCUAUCCUCUCUUUCCUGGAGAGAGCGAAGUGGAGCAGAUAGCUUGCAUAAUGGAGGUUCUCGGGAUGCCUCCAAAUGAUUUUGUUCAGUCGGCGUCGAGGAGGAGGUUGUUCUUCGAUUCCAAAGGAAACCCGAGGAACAUCACCAACAGCAAGGGGAAGAAGCGGAGGCCGAACUCCAAGGAGCUGUCGGCUGCUUUGAAAACCAAUGAUGCUCUGUUCCUGGACUUCAUCAAACGCUGCCUCACUUGGGAUCCGACCAAGCGACUGAGUCCUGACGAGGGUUUGCAGCACGAGUGGAUCCUGGAGGGGAACUUCAACAGAGUGCGGCCAAGAACCAGGCCGGUGGUGAAGAAGACCUCAGACAGUUCCACCAGCACAGACAGACAGACUAACAGCAGGCCUGGGGAGAAGGUCAGCUCAGAGAGGAGCACUGACGACCAGCUGAACAGAGACAGCUCGGAAACAGGAACCAACACGGCAGCUUCCGAGCGGCUGCGGCCCAUCGGGGCCUCGGCGGAGGAGGAGGAGGUGUGCGAGGGCGACGGGAAACUCUCCACGGACGCCAAACAGCAAGGAGGUGGUGAAAGGCCCGUUCACAUCUUCAUCAAACCGCAGGAGGAAGUGGGCACCGAGAGGAAAGACAGCCAGGAGCCAUCUCAGUGUUUGCCACCUAUCAUGUAACAGUCUGAGGGGAAAUGUGCUGCGUUCAUGACGAGUGGGGAACUGGGGACAUUCGCAGUUCUCCCACUUCCCACCUGAGUGAGGCAGUGGUGGUGAACGGACAGCUGAGAGCCUGUUUGACUCUGCACACGCAGAGAAUGUUAAAGAUCCUCCAUGUUGCUGCUGCGUCUACAUGAGGUCGAAAAGCAAAGCGUGAGAGAAGUGAGACUUCCUGAGUUUCAGGUAGAAAAAGCUGCUCGAACCCAAGUUUCCCACCAGUUCCCACCGGCCAUGAACUAAACCCUGACGUGUGGUGGCAGAGAUCUCCUUUUUAUUGCCGUCUUAGUGGAU